AUGACUAAUUUCUAUCUCUUUGAAGGGACUCCAUCGCGAAUUCUCGACUUUUGCGAGCUGGUCGGCGAAAAUAUUCAACUGCCAGAGUAUAUGGCUCAGUUCGCAAGGUUGCAUCGACGACGAGAGGUUCAAGUCAGUUAUAGUGAUGGAGAUUACUAUUCCACUACCAGUGAUAGUGAUGGAGGUUACUAUUCCACUACCAGUGAUAGUGAUGGAGGCUACUAUUCCACUACCGCUUAUGGAGAUUCAGUCUCUUCGCAGCAGUCUGUGACGGUAAUAUCGGCUACACAGGCUUCGGCGACAGCGACUGCUUCAACUGGUAGUGAAACAAUAACAUCAACACCAACGUCAACUACUACCGGAAGCGCGUCUACAGUUACCGCAUCGUCUUCAUCCUCCUCGGGUCUCUCGACUGGAGCAAAGGCUGGCAUCGGAGUGGCAAUUCCACUAGUCGUCAUAGUAUUAGGGUUAUCUCUAUUUUGGUACUUCCGCAAACGAAGAGAGAACAGGCGAACCGGUGCCGGCAACAACAUUCCCGAAAUCAGUCAACAACCGUGGCCAGAGGAACCCUCGCCAGCGUCAAAAAACCUUCCUGCCGAAGCAGACAGCACCGCUCUUCACGAAGCAGACAGCAGUUCUGUAUUUGAAUCGCCACCCCUGGCUGCCGGUACGCUGAAUCCCGGUGUUUACGAGUUGAGUGGCAAUUCUGCCGUCCAAUAUCCGCCCGCGGCAGCUCUCGCUACGCACAAGCACAGGAUCUCGCUAGGCCAUCACUCUUCUAAAACCUACUCAUCCGUGAGUAACGAGGUAUCUCGCCAGGCAUUCAUAUCGGCCGCUUCUACGCCUGCCUCUGAAACAAUCUCAAGUGGAGGUUUAGAUGCUUCAAUGAGUGCCUUGACCGACUCUGGUACGCCGUCGCAGAACCCACAAGUGAAUACUCGAGAGGGUACUGAACAGCCGUCGUCAGGUGUAGAAAGCACGGACAUGCAGCUGGCGCAGCUCGAGGCGGAAAUGGCGCGUAUCGCGGAAGAAAGAGAACGCUUGCAGCAAAUGCAGGUGUUGGCAGACAAAGAGGCGGAGCUGAAAAGACAAAUUGCCGCACGAAAAGCUACAAUCUCGGGGGCAAACCCAGAUAGCUACCCUUGA